AUGGGUACAGAAUGCCCUAUUGCCCACCCGGGCCUGUCCCGCCGUGCUCAAACUGGCGGCUACCUGCCAAUUGAGGACUAUGGCAUGAUUGGGAACAUGCGCACCUGCGCAUUGGUUGGUGUUGACGGGAGCGUCGAUUUUAUGUGCUGGCCGGAGUUUGACUCGCCCUCCAUCUUUUGUCGCCUGCUGGACAAGGACAAGGGAGGGUAUUUCAGUAUCAGUCCCCCAGAUUCGCUCAGCUGUACCACCAAGCAGCAGUAUCUACCCUCCUCAUGCAUUCUCCAGACCCGCUACAUCCAUGAAGACGGCGUUGUUGAUUUGGUUGACUUCUUUCCUCGUCCAAAAGAUGCCCAUGUUAUGACCAAGGCCAACACUCAGAGCUCGUACAGAGAAGCAACCAAGGUUCAAGAGGAGCUCAAAAGGUGGUUGGUGAGACGGGUCGAAUGCAUCCGCGGAUCCCUUACUCUUGACAUUGAAAUCUUUCCUGCUUUUGGCUACGGCAGAGACCCUCACGAAACCACUCUUCUUCUUGAAACUCACACAGCAGAUACUCACCAGAGCAAGGCUGCCACGUUUCACAGCAAGGAUGAAAAACUUCAGCUUGAUGUUGCGGUUGACCGGGGAGAUGAUGAUAUCGGCAGCCCGACCAUCACUUUCCAGAAGGUGAAGCGACCCGGGCUUCUUGGAGAAGGCUUAGUCGCUCGUAUCCAGAUUGAGGAGGGCCAAGCUAUUUCAUUCGUCUUGCGUAAUGAUGUUCAGAGUCAUGUCACCGAACGUAUCACUACCCUAGUGCUUGAUCAGCAGCAGCAUGACACCCAGAGCUUCUGGUACAACUUCAUCAGCCAGUCCAAGUAUCGCGGCCGAUGGAUGGAGGUAGUGUCACGAAGUCUGAUGCUCCUCAAAAUGAUGACAUUCGAACCUACCGGGGCCAUUGUUGCCUCGCCGACGUUCUCUAUCCCUGAAGAAGUUGGAGGGGUACGAAAUUGGGACUAUCGAUAUUGUUGGGUGAGAGAUGCGAGUUUUUCCAUCUACAUCCUCCUGCGACUCGGGUUCAAAGAAGAAGCGGACGCGUAUAUGAACUUCAUAAUGGAGCGCUUCGUGCACUCCCGGCUUCCAGAUGGAGGCCUUCCCAUUAUGUUCACCAUCCACGGAGGCACAGAUAUCCCCGAGAUCACCCUAGACCACUUCGAAGGUUAUCGGGGAAGCAAGCCGGUUCGCAUUGGCAACGGGGCUGCUUUUCAUCAGCAGUUCGAUAUUUAUGGCGAGCUGAUGGACGCCAUCUACCUGUAUAACAAGUACGGGAAACCUGUUCACUGGGAGAUUUGGAAGGCUGUACGCGAAAUCCUUGAUUAUGUCCUUACGAUUAUGCACGAACCCGACAUGUCUAUUUGGGAAGUUCGAAGCAACAAGCAGCGAUACACUUAUUCGCAGGUUAUGCUCUGGGUUGCCUUUGAUCGAGGCCUGCGUCUCGCCGAGAAGAGAUGUUUCCCAUGUCCUAACCGCGAGAAUUGGAUGCGCGCUCGAGACAGUCUGUACGAAGAGAUCAUGGAAAAGGGAUACGACACCAAGACACAGACAUUUGUCCAGAGCUACGGAAGCACAGCACUUGAUUCAUCCAUUCUUAUCGCUCCGUUGGUAUUCUUCAUUUCGCCAUGUGAUCCUCGAUUCAUGAACACUCUUGAUAAGAUUCUACUACCACCCGAGAAGGGUGGUCUAACAGAAACAGGUCUGGUGCACCGAUAUGAUACUGAGCUCUCGGAGGAUGGAGUUGGAGGGAAAGAGGGGGCCUUCAGCAUGUGCACAUUCUGGCUUGUCGAAGCCAUGAUACGUGCCAGUAUCUACGAGCCCAAAUACCGGAUCCGAGCUAUCAAUCUCUUCGAAAAUAUGCUAGGCUUCUCGAACCACUUGUGCAUGUUCUCCGAAGAGAUCGCCCGCACUGGAGAGCAGCUCGGAAACACGCCUCAAGCCUUCAGCCACCUCGCUCUCAUCAGCGCUGCGUUCAAUAUCGAUCGUGCUACAGGAGGUUCUAGGAGUUAG